UUUCUUCCGCAACGAUUUUCUCACCCGAUCAUUUUCCUUCGGUGAUUUUCCCUUCCACCAAACACUCCCCAAUCCCCUGCUCCUCGCCUCUAAAUCCUUGCGAUCGCUCAAGAUUCUGUCUUUCCUCUAACCGAUCUCAUUCGCCGUUGCAGUGGUAUCUUUGAGUUAGUGGUUGUGCGUUGUUUGUUUGCAUAAAUGCCUGUUGCAAAACUCAAGGCUGCCAGUUCUGCAGAUGUGAUGAAAUCAGAGGAGCCAAAUGAUUCUUUGGACACUUUCAUCAGACAAGCUGUUGGAAAAGAGCCUCUCCUUCCAUUUUCAAGGGCUGGAGACAGCUCAGUCCAAUGGAUUCAAUUGCUGCAUGCCUUGGAUCAACAAGAAAUUCCUGGCUGGCCUUUACUCACUACCCUAAAGGUGCAGAUGCAAAAGUGUGACAAGUGUUCGCGAGAAUUUUGUUCGCCUAUUAACUACAGAAGGCAUAUACGUGUGCAUCAUAGGUUUAAAAAGCUUGAUAAGGAUUCUGUUAAAAAUAGGGACUUACUAGCUGCAUUUUGGGACAAGCUUUCAGAGGAUGAGGCAAAGGAAGUUAUAUCACUUGCGGAUGUAGAAUUGGAGGAAGUUCCAGGAUCUUCAGUUAUAAAAUCAUUGACAACACUUGUAAAGAGAAUAGGGCUUCUUGCUGUGCCACAAGUUUGCUUGAGGGCAGGUUCUGCUCUUCUGGACCUUGUCCAAGCUAGACCCACAAGGUUUCCAAUAUCUUCCCGAGAAUUUUUUAGUAUCCUUGAUGAUUCAAGUGAGAGGACUUUCCUUUGUGGUGCAGCAGUAUCAAUGCAAAAAUAUAUUUUUGAUGGGGAAGCGGGAAAGAUUGGUCUUGAAACCAAGAACGUGGUUGCUUGUACCAGCUUCUUAGUAGAACAGAAAUUGGUUAAAGCAUGGCUUGCAGAUAAGGAUGCUGAAGCUUUGAGGUGCCAGAAGUUGCUAGUGGAAGAGGAAGAAGCUGCCCAGAAGAGGCAAGUUGAGCUUCUUGAGAGAAAAAGACAGAAAAAACUUAGGCAGAAAGAACAGAAAGCGAAGGAACAAAAACCCUGGGAGACGGAUGAAGGUAAGCAGAACUUGGAUAAUUCAUUGGAGGUUAAUACUUGGGCUGAAGCAUCCAGCUCUUCGGCUGCUUUUGAUAUUGAUGGACAAAAUGCAGUCAUAUCAACAGAUCAAGUUCUUCCAUCCCUAGAACCCAUUCCUUUCCCUAACCCUGAGGAGGGUGUUGAUGACAGAAUUCAGAUGGGGUUUAACAAUGGAUAUUGUGAGCCAGGAACUAGUCAGAAUGUCGAAAGACUAGUGGAGCCAGUAGAUGGAUGUCAUCGUAUAAUUGUUGCUCGAUGGCAGACUCCACCCAAAUCACAGCAUGUGGUGCUUAAUGGUUUCCAUGCUAAUCAUAAUUCUCAUGGAUUUAAGCUCGGAGGGAUGAAUAAAAAUGGAACAAACAGGGAAAGGACUGCCGCUAUGGGUAAUAGUAAUAAAAUGUGGAGCCGGAAAUCUAAAGCAAUAAAUGAUGGGGAGAGUUUGAAAAUUAGGGUAGAGAAACAAGCUGCAAAUCAACUAGAUCUGAAUAAUAAUCCAGAGCUUAUAAUUGGCUCUAUAUCUGUCCCAAUAGGAAAAAAUCUAGCUGAAGCCUGUGACAGGUACCCCGUGGAGUGUCAAACACCAAAGAGGAACAAUGUCCAGGAGAGAUUCAACAAGCAUGAUCAUAUUCAGGGUGUUACAAACCGAUCAAACAUUAAGUUUUGGAGGCCAGUGAGCCGACAAGAAAGAAAAACUUCACUGCCAGUCCAAAAUAGUAUUAGAGAAAUUGAGGUAGAAGUGAUCGCUGAAAAUGCAGUCCAGAUCUCGUCCAGUGAAAGCUGUCUAAGGCCAUCUGCAGUAGAUGAUAGUGAUGAUGUAAUAAGAAUGACUCUUUCUUCAACACUCGAGGAAAGGAUGCAACCAGGAAGCUUGCAGUUUGACAGCAAUGCUGCCAAGGCCUUUCUUGCUGGGAGAUGGAAGAAGGCUAUUGCAGGUGAACACGUGACCGUGGUUCUCUCCUCAAACCUUGAGCCUCCAGGGUGCUCAGAGGUUGAAGUUGACUCGUCAGAGAAAUGUACGGUUAAGGCGGGGGCUAGUGAGGAUUGGACUGUUGGGGCUGGCAUAUGCAAGUACAGAACGAAGCCUGAGAAGUGUGAAAAAAUGAAGUACAUUCCGAAACAAAGGUCUGUCACCUAGGAAGAGGAGGAAAGUGAGUGCAAUUUUUAUUAGCAUCAGAUCAUUAUCAUAUAUAAUAUACUAUUGCAGAGGCUCCAAGUUUUACCACCGGUCAGUCUUCUAUCGGAAAGUAAGAGGUUUUGGCAGCAUAUGUUUUAUGAUUCUCUCCUGGUUUCUUAAGGUGAUAGAGCAGUUUCAGCAGUCUUUAAAGAAUUUUCUGUUUUGCUAAUUGUUUUUAGUUGUCUAAUUUGUUGCUGUAAUAAAUUGGGUUCGCCCUCUUGGAAAGGUCUCUUCUGGGGUUCAAGUGUUAGUCCAUUUUUCUUAUGUUUUC